AUGUCCGCAGGUUCCCGCCUUGGUGCAAUAUCAUUUUCGGCCACUCACAACUACCGUGUACGGCCAAUAGUCGCCAAAAGCUCCUAUCAGGGCAGUCCGGGGGAACAAAGGAUCCCCCGCCACAAAUACAGGUUAUCCCGUAUAUUCUAA